AUGCAAGUCGUACAACAUCGUCCAGUGUCUACUCGGCAAGAACAUACAACUAUUAACUGGCCAUCUGAAUCGUCUUGUUCAACACGAACAACAACAGCAAUGUCAAAUAAAGUUGAUCAACCAUUAAAUUUCUCUAUAGAUAAUCGUUUGGCAGAACAACAUUUAACACGACUUGAUUUAUGUUCGAAAAAUCUUAAGAAAAUCGAUAAACUACCAAAUGAUAUUAGUUUUAAUGCUGUUUUACUUGAUUAUAAUGAUAUAACUAAAGUCGAGCAACUCGAUGUUUUGACACAUCUUAUUCACUUAUCCAUAUCUCAUAAUCGUUUAAUCGAUAUUCGUCUAGUGGGCCGUUUGAAAACACUGCAAAAAUUAAAUCUAUCAAAUAAUUCUCUUGAUUCAAUCGAUUGCCUUAAAACUCUAUCAAAUCUCGUCAUGCUUAAUAUUUCCAGCAAUAAUAUUCAAAAUAUUGGUGCAUUAAAUGCUUGCCAUUCAUUGCAAUCAGUGGAUGCAAGCGAUAAUUCCAUUCGUCACAUUGAAGAUCUUUCCCACUUAACAACACUUAAGUAUUUAAAUUUACACAAGAACUUGAUCGAUUCAUUAGUAUCAACAGGAAAAUAUUGGCCAAAAUCAAUUCACACAUUAAUCAUAUCAGAUAACGAAAUUCAAGAUUUAACUGAGAUGUGUUAUCUAUCAUCACUAAUCGAUUUAAAUACAUUUUAUAUUCAUAAUAAUCCAUGUUUAUUCGUUGUUGAUGAUCGUCGUGGUUGCCAUCAACCAUUUGAUUAUCGUCCGUAUAUUCUUAAUUGGUGUUUAACAAUACAUAACUUAGAUGGAAUAUUUGUUACACGAAAAGAAAGCUUAAAAUCUGAAUGGCUAUUAAGUCAAGGCAAAGGACGAUCAUUUCGACCAGGAGAACAAUAUGACCUUGUUCAAUAUUUAAUUAAAUUUUGCGGAACUAAUGCAGAUGAAAGAGAUGAUCUUCAUCUAUCACGUAUUAUGUUUCAACAAGAUUUAUAUAAACAGAAUGUCGAUGACGGUUUUAUGAAAACAUCAGAUACAAUGAAAGAUGCAAACGACACAUUAUCCAAAGAUUCACAACCAAAAUUACAACAAAGUUUACUCGUAUCGGAAUCAGAAUUCGUUAAAAUGAGCUCAUCAUCUUCGUCAUCGGUUUCGACCGUUAACGAACACAUCGUAUCUGAUCAACAGAAAAUCUCUGCUUCGAACUCUGACUAUCAAAUGCAAACGCCAAGUCCACGAUACAACCAAUCGGCUAGUCAUAAUGACGAGCCAAUAACUGAGCAUAGUUCCAGUAACCGCUAUAGUGAUUAUGAUAAUCGACCUAUAAAACCACUCGAUAAAAGCAUGCUUCAAUCAAAACUAAAUCAAUAUCCAAUUGAAAAUCAUUCGAACGAUGAUACGAAUAUUUCUCGGCCACGAGCUCAAACAAAUCCUCAACAAUCGAAACGAACAUCAGCACUUUUAGCCUACAACGCUAAUCGAUAUUCACCUAAAACUACUACUCGUGGACCCACGGCAUCAGCAGCUAUGCAUGUUAAUAUGCGUACAAAGCCGAAUAAAACUAUUCCGAUGCAACAACAAAAACGUCACACGAUUGCUGCUGAAAAUGCGUCGACAUUUAAUUUGCUAAACAGGACGGCAUCCGUGCAUAAGCGAAAAGAUAAACAGCAACUCACUUCACACGAAAACAAAAAUUUGUCAGACGACGAUGACGAUGAUGAUAAUGACUUACAGUUAAAGUCCGCUCCUAUCAAUGUAAUGUUAUCAACUCAAAAUACAACCUACAAUCGAGAGAAUAGUAUUGAAUUAAAAAAAUUAACAACAUCAAUUGAAACAAUGAGAACAUCAGUUCUUCAAGCAUAUCUCGAUCUACACGAGCGAUUUACAAAAACAACAGAAUUACAAACAUCUGCUUUAGCUUCACUCUGGAAAAUGUUUGAAACUCAAAGUGUAAAUCAUCAACAAGAAACAGAAAAAAUUCUUCAAGAAAAUCGUCAACUUAGCCAACAUUUACACGAACUUGAAUCUCGUUCAACUAUUAAAUCACUUCCAUUAUAUCCACCUCUACGCGCACAUAUAUCAAAACGGGAUGCGAAAAGUUUUUUUCUUCACUGGGUACCGAAUCCAUUAAAUGAACAACGUCCAAUAGUUGGCUAUCGAAUUUACAUCGACGAUGUUCUCAAAGGUUCCGUUGAUUCAGGAAAAUUCGAAACAAUCAUCGACUCUAUUCGUGAUGAAGGCGAAUACAGAAUAAAACUUCGCUCCUACGAUGAACAUAGUGAAUCCGAAGAUUCAAAUAUUGUUGUUGCAAGAUUUCGACGUCAAACCCCAAUAGCAUCUCAGUCAGAUUCGAAUUCAUCUGAACCAAAACCUAUUCAUCGUACUCUAUCAGAUCAUACAGUGGAGAACACCAGUCAACCACAGACCAUAAAGAUGCCAUUAAGACAAACACAAUCUCAAGAACUUUAUGAUAGUACACAAAAAGAUGAAAUCUACCAACCAAUUAUCAUGAGUAAGCAACGAGAACACAUCGAUGAUCAUCCACCAGUAUCGUCCGCUGAAUUUUCUUCAACGACACCAGAUAAAACAAAGAAAUCUUCUGAAGAACUUAUUUCACCAAUCAAAUCAAGUCCUUCGUAUUCCAAUGAUAACGUCACGAAACGUAAACCACCAAAAUCACCUAGUUCAAGUCCUAAGCAUAGCGAUUCGGCGAUAACCAAUGGGUCAUGCACGAAAGUUUUAUUUUCCGAUGACUCCAGUGAUGUAUCUGCAACAAAACGUAGUCCUACACGGAUAGGAAUUAUGUCUCGUCUUGCUAAGAGUCCACAUAGAUUCAAGCGUAAUAACGUUCUCAUUAAUGCUUUAACAAUAAAUCAAACUCAAAGUCCUACGGAAACGAACGAUACAAAUCAAGCAGCAACCAAAUCAGCUGAUGGUCCAAUACUUUCGCAAUUCGAACCGAACAACAGUAAUCACGCUCUUUUUGUAUUUCAUCAUCCUGAAGUAACAACAAACUCUACGAACAUAUCGUCAUCGUCUUCAUCUCCAAUACAACCACCGCCAAUACCUCCACGAAAUAAAAAUCUUCUUAUGAAUUCAUUUGACCAACAUUCUUAUUGA